AUGCCGAUAAUGUUCACUAUUCCUGCAGACGGCGCCGCAUCAGCUCCGCUUGGAGUGAUUAUACCCACCCAAGCCGCUGUGGACACGAUUGCUCCACCGAUUCCGAACAACAAGAGCAGAUUCGGGAACAGUCACCUGGGCUGGAUGGUCCCCCAACACCCGCUCUUCCUGUCGCCGCACCAGCUGUUCCUGUUGCCGCACUACCUGCACCUGCAUUUACCAGCUCUGGAAGCUGGCCGAACCCUUCCCGUAGAUGCAGUACCAGCGCAUGUGGCGGCACCUUUACCUACACAAGGCCAAUCCAUACCACCACAACCUGUAGGAAGUCAGGGGAGUGUGGCUGCUCCGGCUCCUCUACAACCUCCUGGAAUUCAAGCUCAACAGCCUGAUCAGACCCUUCAAGUGCAAGAAGUCCCCGCAGAAACACCAGCUGCAGUGAAUCAGCCGCAGCCUACUAUACAGUCGCCCGAAGAGCAUGCAGCUGUUGGUUUGCAACCAGGUUCACGAGAAGACGCCCCACCACAUCUCUUCAUUAUCAAUGCAGAACCAAUUGGUCAGCAAGGUCCAAAUGCAGCGGCAGCCAACGCCCCAGCCGCUCCAGCUGCCCAACGUGAGCAGUGUAAGCUGUAA